AUGUUUUCUCUUGAAAAACAAAAUGCUGAAAAGCAAGCAUUUGUGGAUAAGGCUAGGUCAGAACGUGAGAAACGGGAAUUGCAACGUGUCAAACAAAAACAAGAACAAGAACAUGCUCAAGCUGCCGAUAUGAUACAAACGGCAUUUAAAAAACACUGCAAAAGAAAGAAAGAUAUCAAACAUCUACGGGAACUAUGGGAUAUCGACGUCUUAUAUACUAGUGACAAUGGGUCAAAUUCAACAUUUUCUAUAUCCUCAACUGAAGUUCUUGGUUUUUCAUACUUGAUGUUUGCUUUCUUCAAUCCGUCUGAUGAUGCAAAAGAUCUUUCAAGAUUUUCGCAUCUUUGCAAGAUGAUUUUAUCCACAAUUACUCCUUCAACACCUGCAAAGUCUCAAACACAAGAGGCUUCACAGUCUGUUGUACCAUUUCAUUCUCUACUGCUUAAUGAACGAUACAAAGCGUUGAUGUUGAAAAUCAUGAAAAAAAUACUUUGGCAAUGUGUCAUUUGCGUUACCGGUUCUUUGAAUGAAACUAGUACUUUAAAUUCUUCUAAACCUUUGUAUCUUUCUGGCCCAGAAUUACGACUACUUAUAUACUUUCUUGAUCCUAAAAAUUAUAUUGUCAAAGGAACAAUUUCUUCUUAUUCUUCCAUGUGGAAUCAGCAACUUGUAAUGCUUCAUGAUUAUCUUAUUCAUCAAGGAUUUUGCAAGCAAAUUGGUUAUGGAAUAAUGUUGCGUGUAAAUUCCAUUCUUUCUUUUCAAUCAAGGGCUGCAAAAGCUGAAUUAAUGGACAAUGAUAAGAAAUUACUAAAAUCAACUCAAUUAUGGCUAAUAGCAUGUCUUCGAUGCUGCUUAUUUCCUUUGGAUUUAAAUAAUGAAGUUGACAUGACAUUACGCUCAUUCAAAAUGUCUCAAAACAAUUUACAAGAUCAAAUGUUCAAAACUUAUAAUAUUUUAUCGCGAGUAAUUCACACUAUGUGUAUUCCUGAUAUUGCUGUCAAAAUACUGCAAAUUAUUACAGGUAAUGACACUAUAUUUCUUACAGGAAAUAUGGUAGAACUCAUGUCAAGAAUAGAUAUACUUUCUCUUCCAGAUAACAAAAUUUUUUUAUCCGAAACUGUAGUUAAAGAACCUGAAAAGGAACCAUUAAUUGGGAUUUUAGAUAAUUCACCACCAGAUGGUAAUCCUCCUACAAUAUUUGAAUCUGCACGAAGGGUGCUUCUCCAAUUGCAUUUGCGCGACACUAGGCGCGUAUUUACUGGCCAUGAUCAUACUUGGCUUCUUAUUAAAGAUCCCAAAAUAUCUUUACCAUUGUCUUUAGCAAACUUUCUCAAAAAAUCUUAUGCAGUAAAUCCCAAUAAUUCAAUGGGAACUUCAUUUUUAGAACGCAUUCGUAACAAUGACCCUAUUUCUGUAAAAAUUCUCAACCUAUUGCCUCAUACUAUCCCUUUUGAGACCAGGCUCGAUAUUUUUCGUGAAUUCUUGCAAACUGAUGAUUCUUGCAUCAGUGAUUGGUCGGAUACUGUAAUAAAAAUUAGACGCGAUCAUGUGUUGGAGGAUGGAUAUAAGCAAUUGGGAAAAUUAACUGCAACGAAGAUUAAAGGCCGGAUUCGAGUUAUGUUUGUAAAUGAAACUGGUAUGGAUGAAAUUGGUGUGGAUCAGGGAGGCCCGUUUAAGGAAUUUAUUACUCAACUUAUAUCCGAAGCUUUUGAUCCAAAAUGUGGCCUUUUUGCCGUUACUCCUGAUGGCACUCUUUAUCCCAAUCCUCAUAGUGCAUCUACAAAAUUACCAUUAUAUACAUUUUUGGGUCGAAUGAUUGCAAGAGCAAUGAAAGAGAAAAUCCUAUUAGACUAUCAAUUUGCAGAAUUCUUUUUAAGCAAGAUUUCCGGGCGAGCAGUGUUUUUGGAAGAUCUUAUUGGUUGGAAUAAUGAAUUAUGGAAAAAUCUAAUAUUUUUGAAGAGAUAUGAAGGUUUAUAUUUCGUAAUAGAUGAAGAGAUUAAUGGGCAGAUUAAGUCGAAAGAACUUAAAUCAGUAUGUGCAUAUUUGUAUGUACAAGAUUUAAAUUUAAUGCUAAUAUACUUGCAACCACAAUUUACUAUUCGCAUGGUAUCGAUGGAAUAUGAUGAUUCUGAAUCACGUCCUGUCCUUGCACCAGUUAAAGCAUUUUUUAGUUUUGGAAAUUCCAAAUCGGCAGCUAAAGGAAGAUUACCUACUAGUUCUACAUGGUAA